AUGUCGUUAUCGGCUUGGAGACAAUUCCAAUUUUAUGAGAGCUUACCAAUUAGGGAUCCACUUUUAGGUGACGAUUCGCCACUGUAUUCAGAUCCAACUUUAUCUUCAUGUGCAUCAAUUGACUCAACGCAUUUCCUUUUGGCAACCAACUCUAGAAGGGUCAAAUUGAUUAAUCUAAAGGAUUCCAAAAUUGAACACUCAUUUAAUGCUUUUGAAGAUGGAUAUCAUAUAAGUUGCAUAAAAGUCAUCGAUAAGACAUUCGCUGCGGUUAUAGGAGAAAAGACAGGCAGCCCACAAUUGAUCAAUAUCUAUAGAUUAGCUAAACUGCCCAAAGAUGAGCACAUCUACCAUUCUCGAAUUAUUUUAAAAAGCGGUGCUAAUACCUUCCCAUUAUCUGUUGUAUCUAUAUCUAAGGACUUAUCUUGUAUCGUAGUUGGUUAUGUUGAUGGUAAAGUUUUAUUGAUUAGAGGUGAUAUUGCAAGAGAUAGAGGUUCAAGCCAAAGAAUUAUUUACGAAGAUCCUGGAAAGGAGCCUGUUACAUCAUUAUUCCUUAACAAUGAUGCAAGCCAUUGCUUUGUAGCAACAACCUCGAAAAUCAUGCUGUUCAAUACGACUGGGAGGAAUAAGGGGCAACCUGAUCUAGUCUUAAAUUCAAGAUAUGGUGUAGACUUGAACUGUGGAUAUUUGAAUCCUUACACCAAUGAAUUUAUCUGUUCAGUUAAUGGUUCAUUAGAGUUUUAUAAACAAAGCGGAGAGAAACAUAGCCUGCCGGUAGAAUUAACAUCUAUCAAAAGAAUACAUCAGGUCAACAAGAAUCAAAUCAUGCUUGUCUCUGAAGAAAAUCCCACAAAAUCGACAGUUUUGAAUUCUGAUUCAUUUACUUCUCCCAUUAUUAAUAAAGUGAUAAUUGUAGAUAUACUUAACCAAGUGAUUGUUUGGAACACAUUUAUCUCAAGUACAGUAAUUGAUAUAUUUAAAGCUCAAGAGAAACAUGUGAAAAUCUUGUAUUUAUUGGCAUCAGAUGGUGUUCUUUACAAGAUAACCAAAAAAUCCUUAGAAGAUCAAUUGAAUAUAGUAAUACAAAAGGAAGCGUUCCCCUUUGCUUUAAAGUUAGCCCAACAAAAUAAUAUGGAGAAAACAAAAAUUCAGAACAUUCACAAAAUAUACGGUGAUUUCCUAUAUAAUAAGAACAUGAAGGAGGAGGCUACCGAGCAAUACAUUCAAUGUCUAGAUGUUAUCGAAUAUAGCGAUAUUAUUAGUAAAUUCGGUGUCGAAGAAACGCGAGACCCAGAAGAUAUGAAGAAUCUAGCUCAUUUCCUGUGGGCACUGAUCAAACGCGAUAUUGCUAAACCAGAUCACGUCACUCUACUAUUGAUUGUUCUUAUAAAACUUAAAGAUAGUUCGGGAUUAGACUAUUUCUUAAAGCAUUACAACAGAUCUGGUCAAUUCGUCGAAGAUAAAGACAUUGAAGCUGAAGAUCUUGAUGAUGAGGCAUACUUUUAUUCAGACCAUAAUUUAUUCGAUUUGGAUUUAAUUUUAUCUCUAUUAAAGGAAACCAAAUUUAUUACGGAAUCAUAUCAGUUCGCAAGAAAAUUUGUAAAAGAUGCCAUAUAUACAGUAGAAAUCCUACUGUUUCUAAUACAAGAUACAUCUGCUGCCUUAGAGUAUACAAAAAGUUUGCCAAUAGACGAUGCAUUGCGUAUUUUAACCACAUUUUCCAAAGAUAUGCUAGAACGGUUACCAAAUGACACGAAUGCCUUAUUGAUUGACGUGUUUACAGGUAAAUUUAAGUCGACAGAAUACCGAAAAGAUAUAACUAAAGUACCAGAAUCAACAGCAGAGAGAGUCACUUCAGAAUUUAAGACUGUAUUUUAUAGUUAUACAUCAUUUUUCAAUUAUAUGAAUAAAAGUUCAGGUACGCCUUCCACAAGUGAAGAAAGCAGUAUCCAGAAUGGACCCCCCAUUCCGACAUAUCAUCCUCCUAGACCAUCAAUAGUCUUCAGUUCAUUCAUAUCUAGACCCUUUGAAUUUGUUGUUUUCCUCGAAGCCUGUUUAGAAAGCUACCAACGUUUUGAGGGAUUUGCCGAUGAUAAGCAAGUUAUUCUAACUACUUUAUACGAUCUGUAUUUAUCAUUAGCAAAUGAUGAUAUCGAAGAACGUAGUUCCUCUUGGGCUGCAAAGGCAAAGAAUGUGCUAAAAGAAAGCAAUAAGUUGGUGUCUUCAGUUGAUAAUGCAACUCAGGGCUCUACAACUAAUAAAAGGAUUGAUAAUUCGUUGAUGAUGCUAAUUUCACAUAUGAAUGGAGUCAAUCCAUUUUCUCUCGAUGAAGAAAAGGACGAUGAAGAUAAUCUAUUGUAUACAUUAAUGGGCGAUUCAAAAGAGGCUUUGUUAAGUGUAUUUAAAUCGAUGACGCUGACAGAUACGCCCACGAAUUGCCUUACAUUUUUUAGAACGCAUGCAAACAAAGAGCCAGACCUUUAUAGGAGUGCAUUGACGUAUUUUACAUCAUCUAAAUCUAUACUACAUGAAAUAGGUGGUGAACAAGUUGUGAAAGAUAAGAUACUAAAUCCGAUAACGAAAUUAAAUAUAUUGUCUCUAUUAGAAAUUAUUCAGCUAUUAUCAAACACAGACGUUGUUACAUACGGUUUGAUUCAAGAGAUCUUAGUGAACUACAUGGAGAAUGAACAAGAAGAAAUUACCAGAGGCGAAAAAUUAAUAGAUUCAUAUCAAAGUGAAUUACAUGACAAGAAGGACAAACUAAGAUCUAUGCUGGAUGUUGAUAAACCGAAAGAAAUUAGGGUGAAAAAUGAAAAAUGUCGUAGAUGUAACACGCUUCUUGAUCUACCUUGUGUUUUCUUUAAAUGCGGACAUAUUUAUCAUCAAAGAUGUUUAGACGAAGAAAGAUCCAAUACAGAAGGAAAAAAAUUGUUCAAGUGUCCCAAAUGUUUGGUUGAGUUAGAGACUUCGAAUAAGUUGUAUGAAAACCAGAAAGAACUUACAAAGAAAGCCGAUAUGUUAGAGAUGUUAUUGGCAGAAGAUGACAAGGGCGAUCGAUUCAAAAUAAUGACCGAAUUUAUUGGUAGGGGUGGUUUGGAAUAUUAUGAAGAGACAAUAUGA